AUGGACGUCGACAGUCUUAUUCAACACAUUGAACGAGACACGGAGGCCACUUCAUUUCCCUUAUCAGUCACCGCUGACUGGAGGGAGGAAGGAAACGAGACGACUGGGAAUCAGUUCCAACAGCCAGACUGGCAGGUGGCUCUGUGGGCUAUAGCCUACACCCUGAUCAUCCUGGUGUCCAUUACUGGAAAUGUCACUGUCAUCUGGAUUAUCCUCGCUCACCGACGCAUGAGGACUGUAACCAACUACUUCAUCGUCAACCUGGCCUUCUCUGACGUCUCCAUGGCAAUCUUCAACACCCUUUUUAACUUUGUCUAUGCACUUCACAACGACUGGUACUUUGGUUUGGGCUACUGCCGAUUUCAGAACUUCUUCCCCAUCACUGCAAUGUUUUCAUCAAUAUACUCCAUGGCUGCCAUCGCGGUAGACAGGUACAUGGCCAUCAUCCACCCUCUGAAGCCCCGCCUCUCCUCCACCUCCACAAAGGUCGUGAUCGCUCUGAUUUGGAUCGUGGCGAUUUCAUUGGCCUUCCCUCAGUGCUACUACAGCGUGACCAGAUUUUAUUACCCCAGGACCGUGUGCAUGGUCAACUGGCCUGAUGAUUACGGAGGAAAACAUCAACUGAGUUACCAGUUUGCAGUGAUAUUGCUGAUCUACGUCUUCCCUCUGCUGGUGAUGCUGGUGACCUACAGUUUGGUCGGCCAAACGCUGUGGGGCGGACACAUCCCAGGAGAGGCGACAGAGCAUUACCACAGCCAGAUCACAGCCAAGAGAAAGGUGGUGAAGAUGAUGGUUGUCGUGGUGGUGACCUUUGCCCUCUGCUGGCUGCCCUACCACAUCUACUUCAUUCUGGGAUCAUUCAACAGAGACAUUUAUAAACAACAUUACAUUCAGCAGGUGUACCUGGCCAUAUUCUGGUUGGCGAUGAGUUCCACCAUGUACAAUCCCAUCAUUUACUGCUGUCUAAACCAAAGGUUUCGUGCUGGUUUCCGUCACGCCUUUGUAUGGUGUCCCUUCAUCAAAGUGUCGGAGGAGGACAAGAUGGAGCUGCAGCACACACACACCUUCAGAGUCACCAUGACACGCAGCCACCGCAACGACGCCUCGUACACACGCACCUCCAUCAAGACAAACGUCCUCGACUCAGACAUGAAAACUGAGCUGAACCCUAACCCCAAAUGCACGUCAGCCCACAACCCACACAGGGUUAAGAGUCUUGAUGACCCAAAAUCAGCAGCUGCCAAACUGAUGGAGCACAAGCACUGAAGUCAUGAUGAGGACAGUGUUAGUGGGAAGACAACAGGGUUCUUCUGCAGCUCAAACAGAGCUGAGCUACACAAAGAGGCGACCGACAGCCAAUCAGAGCCGUUCAACUGUCAUCCACCUGGACAGGAAGGAUAUGUUACUUAUCUACAUGACCUGGGACUAUAAACAUGUUUUUGUUUCAGAGAUAAACGACUGUAUGUGAUUUAGAAGUGGUCAUAUGAACAUGUGACAAUACAUCCGCACACUGAAGAAUAAGAACAUCUGAUUCUGGCAUUGUUGGUAUUUGCUGCAAGUGGGGAAGUCUGUAGAUAUAUCCAUCCAUCUUUCAAUUCUUUU